UGGAAAUCGAUUCAAGUUUGUGUUCAAUGUCCAAUAGCUUCUCUACGAGUUGGUUCAAACCAAUUGUUUUCUUUGUGUUAGCUUCUCAUUGUUCUAGGUUUUUUGAAGCAAUUUUCUUCUUGAUCAAAGCGGAUUUGUUUUACAAAAUUUAGUUCGUUUGUUUGAAAGCAUGUCAGAAAAUUUACCUUUUGAGAAGAGUACCCAUCCCAGUGCCGUUAUGCUCAAAUACAAGAAAUUAUCCGAUCAGGCAACAACUCCUUCUCGUGGAUCACUCUUGGCUGCUGGUUACGAUCUUUACGCUGCUCAUGAAGCUACCAUACCCCCUGGAGGUCGUGGAUUAAUUAAAACUGACAUACAGAUUGAAUUACCGGAAGGCUGUUAUGGUCGUGUCGCUCCACGAAGCGGACUAGCCUUGAAACAGGGGAUUGAUGUUGGUGCUGGUGUCAUUGACCGAGACUAUAGGGGCAAUCUUGGGGUGGUACUUUUCAAUUUUGGAGAACAAGAUUUUCAAGUAAAAAAGAACGACCGUAUAGCGCAACUGAUUUGUGAACGUAUUUACUGUCCUGAAUUGAUCGAAUGUGAAUCUUUGGCGGAAACAGAGCGUGGUGUAAAUGGUUAUGGUUCAUCUGGAGUGUAGUACCCAGUAAUUUUCUCAAAAUCAAAAUAUUUUUUAUAAGAAAUAUACGGCUAUUAUAUUCCACGUUUAUUUAUGCCUGUUAAUAACCUUAAGUUACAGACCGCUCAGUGUUAAAUUAAAUCAGUGACUGGAAAAUAAAUUGGUGUUUGCAAAGCUGCAUCUUCCAUUCAAGUUUAGAUGGUGGCGGUCAGUUCUUGUCCAAGCGGCAAUACAUGAGUUGUAUGAAUGUUCAUUUGCUU